GGGGUUGCGCCCAUUCACAGGGCGCAGUGGCAACUGUGCGCCAGUGCGCAGAGUGCGCAGCAAACAUCUCCAAUGGCUCCAAAAUACGCACCGAGUUUACGCUCCCGUCUGGCUCCUCCGUUGCUUUUUCUGCAGACAGGUUUUAUUGUCAUUUAUGCUUUAUACACUGAAACUGAUAGCAAUGUACAAGUAGUUGGGAAAAAAUUCAGAGACUUCUAUCCAGAGUUCCAGGAUGUGAAUGUUAUGGUGAUUCUUGGUUUUGGCUUUCUAUGCACUUUUCUUGUGAGACAUGGCUAUAGUGGCUCUGGCUUCAACCUCCUUGUGGCUGCCAUGGCCACACAGUGGGCUGUCAUCCUCAACGGCAUCGAGUCCUGGCACUACUCAGGAAAGAUCAGAAUAAACUUGAAAAGCUUGGUUGAGGCUGAGAUGUGCACAGCUUCUGCUCUCAUUUCCAUCGGAACUGUGCUGGGGAAGACCAACCCUGUCCAGCUGAUCCUGAUCGCCCUGUUGGAGGUGACAGCCUUCAUUCUGAAUAAAUGGCUCCUCCAGACUCUCCUAAAUAUACAACCUCUGAGCAGCAUCAUGCUGCUCCACGUCUUCGGCACCUUCUUCGGCCUCAUGCUAACAUGGAUCAAUUACAGGAAAGGCUCGGAGCAGCGCUUUGAAAAAGAGAAGUUUGAUCGCAAAUCAGGAUUAUUCUCCAUGCUGGGGACCCUGUUCCUGUGGAUGUUUUGGCCCUCUUUUAACUCAGUCCUGGCGGAGAGUCCUGGGAGGAAGUCCGUUGCUGUGUGUGGUACCUACCUGGCCCUGGCCGUUAGUGCUGUGACUGCGGCUGCUGUGUCGGUGCUCUCCAAUCCCAAGGGAAAACUAAACCCAAUCCUUAUACAGUCCUGUGGUCUGGCUGGCGGUGUAGCUGUGGGGGUUUCCAUGUCGGUAAUUCAGCAGCCCUGGGAAGCCAUGAUAAUCGGUUUCUCUGCUGCCGUCGCAUCAACCAUUGGAUUCCAGUAUCUUAAGAUCCACAUGCUGCUUGCAUUUCAGUGCCAUGACACUUGUGCUAUUUUAAGCACGCACGGACUCCCCGGCCUGCUGGGAUGGCUCGCACAUCUCUUCCUGCAGAUCAAAGACUCUGACGACCACACAACGGCGAUCCGGUUCGCUGUGUUUCACAUUUGCACUCUCCUGGUUACAAUCACUGUCAGCGUGUCCACAGGAUUCCUCACAGGAACUCUAAUCAACCUGAAGAUCUGGAGACCGCCUCAGAACAGGAAAUGCUUUGACGAUCAAUCUUUCUGGGAGUUUCCCAAUCUUGCGGUGUAUAAGUAAGAAGAUGGAGAAGUAACCCAACCGCGUCUGAUCCCGGAGGAACCUGCAUGUAAAAUCUGCUACAAUUCAAAAUAACUGCUUUCAGAUGGUUUAUGUGAGCAAAUAAAUUAAUAAGCCAAGUCCUAAAUGUGGAAAAUUAAAUAAAGACUCAUUGACUGCUGAGUAUUUUCAUUAUAUAUUUAAUGUUGCCAUGGUUUUUUUUUCCAGAAACUGCCCUGCUGUUUGGUGGUUACAGAAGCAAAUGAACACUUGUUACACUCAAAUACAAAUUUCCAGUAGUAAAACAACACCCGAUAGUCGUCGAAGGUCCGGUGA